AGCAGCGCGUUUGUGCGAAAACUAAGGACAGACAGAAGUAUUUACCUAUUGUUUGUGCAUCCAUCUUGAUAGAAGUGAUAUAUCAACCAGGUUACUCAACGUUAUGGUAGCAAUACAUAGGUAUAACGGUAGUUACUGUAUUCGUUGAAGCUGAUUGGUAUGACAGCCAUCUGAUCUAACAAAACUGACUCAGCAUAAUGGAUCUUCACAUUCGACAGUGUUUGACCAAGGCUGCACAACGAAAAGACACUGAUGCCCUGAAAGCAGCUUAUGUGUUGAUCAGAGAAGGGACACCUGGAGUCGAAAAGACGGCUUCAGAUACCAGAUGCUUCUGUCCAGAGUUGUACGUUUUAUGCGCAGAGCAGGCAUUAGAGCUUGGAUUUGUAGACAUCAGCCGAGACUGCCUUACGAUGUACUUUGAAGGAAACCCUCCAGCCAACCAGUUCCUUUGCCGAGCAUACCUCUGUCAAGGUCAGCUGGAGUCUCUGCCGACCAUCUGCAAUGUGGAAAAGAUUGAAAAGGCUGUGAAUCAUUUUCUGAAAACCAUGGAGAUUUCAAAGGACAAACCAAGAUACCAUUUCAUGGUGUUCAACGCCUCGGUGCUCUACUUCCAGGCGGUCCGGCCUCUCCUAAGGCCCGGGCCGUGUCAGCACCUGGUACCCACCCUCACGCAGGUGGUCAAGGCCCUGGAGGAGGUUGGGGAUCCUGACUACGGUUGGAGGGCUCAGCUCAUGCUACACCUUGUGACAUGCCUCGUGGAUGCUGGGAAAGGGAAGGAAGCUUCUAGUUUUGCCAAGGCCACCUCUGACUUCAUAGAGUCACAUGCCCCGGACCUGUAUCCAAAUAUAUUUUCCCUGCAGGUACGACACAACUUGUGUGACUUCAGUAAAAACCCCAAGAAAAUUGAAGCAAGUCCCAUUUUAGAAGUCAUCUACAAAAUGCAGAAUCUUAAACAUAAGGUUGACGACCUCAGCGAGACCAGAAAAGAUUACGGCGCCAAGAUUCGGGAGAUUUUCCUGCUCCUGACAGAUUCGGCUGAUGCCCGGGCCUCUUCUCCAGGUUGUAGUUCCAGCUCUCGUCCUUCCCCCAUCACUCCAGGCAAAAGGGUUGCCUUUCUACUGGAGCUAGCUCUCCUGGCCUUGCAGCUGAAACAUCAGCAGAUGGCAGCUGACUGUCUAAAAGAGCUGAAGACAGCGGAAGUCACUAGUGUUGGCCAGUGCAUCAUGAUGGAGUGUGUGCAGUGUGAACUAGACCUCCUAAAGAAGCAGACGGGGAGGAUGAAGGACUACUCAAAAGCCAGUGUGGAGGCCCAGCUUAAGGUGAUUGGCAGACUAGAUCAGGUGCUGCAGAGUGCCGUACGGGAGGGGGAUCCCAAGGUGAUGCAGGCGGUGUGUGCCUCCCAGUGGAACGCCUGUCUGCCCCUGCUUCAGCACAACCUCAGGUGGAGUGUCAAGGGGGUACUCCAAAGAGUGGCCCAGGUCCUGGAGGACACCCAAAGUAUGCAGCUGGAGAUGCGUUGCCAGAUUCACAGUGAGCUGGCAGGGAUUGAGGAGGAGGAGGGGAGGCUGGAGCCAGCUCUGCUCCACCUGCAGAAGGCUCUUCACCUGGAUGAGAAAGGGGUAUACCACGAGCGCCUCACUUCAGCUCUUCGCCUCCUCCAGCUCCGCGGAACCCACUGUCAGACCCCCAGCAGAAUAGAGGAUCAGGCUGCCAUGCUUAUUCAACAGGCUAAGUGUGGUCAGCUGCUGGAGGAUGUGAAAAAAAGACGACCCACGCUGGUCAAUGCAGGCCUCUGCCUGGCCCCCGACGCUUUCCAGGAUGUGCUUGAUGCAGACAAAGUGGUAGAAAUCCCCUCAGGCACGGGUGGACAUGACAGUGUGGCUCGUCUCUCUGCUAAGGCUCAGCACCACUUGGUAUGUGUUCAGAAGGUCCAGAGACACCUGGCCAGACAAGGAGAUGGCCAGAACGACAGGGAGAGGGCGAAAUUGUGGGCAGGCCUGGCCAAGGCCGCUCGGAAGCUGGAGGUUUGGGAUGUCUGCCGGGCCGCCUGCCGGUUCUGUCUCCUUUACGACGACGGACGAUGGAAACCUAAAUCAGAUGGUGAGCGCAAGGUGGUGGUCCGUAGCCCUGCGGAGGGUGGUCUCUAUGGUGACGGGCGCCAGCCGGCAGAGCGACAGGCCCGGAGCACAGAGAGGGACCUGCUACGUCUGCUGGCUGAAGUGUGCUUCAUCAACGCAGAGGCCACCAUCAACAAGCUUUGUGCUGAGGGGGUACAGCUCAACAAACCACCCGCCCCCCCUACGGAGAGAGGCCCCCCUGAAGAUAAUCCCCAGUGGGCUGUUUACCGAGAUUGGAUCCAGGACUUAUCUGCCUAUGCCACCUCCAAUUUCCUGAGGGCAGCAGAGCUGGGCGCAGAGAUCCGUGAAGUCUGGUUGGUGGCCAACGCAGCCGUGUACUUAUGGAACUACAACAGCCACCUGCUGGCUGCUGGGGAGUAUCGACGUCUCCUGCCCACCUUCCAGAGGGCUGCGGAGCUGCUCAAACAGACAGGGCAUGCUGGGGAGCCGGUGCUGUUGAUCCUGCUUUGCGACGCGGUGGCCUGCGGGCUGAUUCAGCCCUGGUUUGUGUCGGCUGCCGGGCAGGUAGCUGGCCAAGGGAUGGAUGACAGCGGAUGCAAGGGGGAACCGAAGAAGAAAGGAGCUGUAAAGGGAACCGAGAAGUCGGGCAUUGUCCAUGGCCUCCCCCUGGACCCCGCUGCCCUCCAGGACUUGCGGAAGGCUCUGGAGCUGUCUGACUAUGCACUGCAUCAGUCCAGUGUCAACGUGCCGGGAGAGAGUGUCCCCAUCGCAGCAAGGAAACGCGUCAUUUCCACAUGGGUGUUGACCAAGUAUCUUCUCCAGCAGCAGAUUGGACAGAAGCUUGACAUUGAUGACGAGUGUAAGAACGAGGCGGUGUCGGCCAUGACGCGUGUGCUGGUGGGAGUGGAGAUGCUGCGGUGCAACAGUCCCCCUAGGCAGAUGGAGUUCUCCGUCCCCAGCCUCUCCAUGCUUGUCCGCAUGGCAUCAGACUGCAGUUGGACUGACCCGGUGGUGGAGCUGGAGGCCUGGACCCAACUGGCUUUCUUCUGUCACCAGGCAGAAGAACAUGACCUGGUCAUGACCUGCAGCCAUAAUGCACUUCAGCUGGAGACCGCUGCGUCUCAGAGGUUGAAGGUCAUGACCUAUGCUCUGUACAGUAGGUCGGCUGUAAAGGAGAUGUUGAGCAAUUCUGCGUGUCUAAGAGGAUUAAGCAUGGUCUACCUGUCGAGUGGACAUCCUCACAAAUACAGAGAAGCCUUGCAGAUGCUCCAGACCAGUGUCAGCUAUGCAGAGCAAGCCGGUAACCGUGUCCUGUGUAUGGCUAUAGCUCGCCACUUCUGGAACAGCUGCCUGCCCCUGACUGAGACGUCAGUGGAGAGACAGCAGCUCCGGCAGCCUGUGGAGAAGAUCCUCAAAGCUCUGGUCGAUACUAGCAAGAAAGGCUAUAAGGUUGGGAAGGAGAAGUCAGGGGCUUCCUUGACUGGGAUGACCUCUGUAACCUCUCUGCUGGAAGCCCCAAGCCCAGGCCUCCCUGAGGAUGACCUGGCCCUGAAAGCGGCCAUGUUCAGCCUGCUGUUCCACAUCCACGCAGACAGCUCAGACUGGAAGGAAGCUCUGACACUGCUGGAACAGGCUAUUGGAGACAUGCCCCGCUCCACACACAGCCUGCUCCUGUUGAAACACUGUGUGCUGGCCAAGGGUUGGCUAGGGAGGAAUGUGGCACUGGACAUGGAGAAGUUCAGGGAGGAAGGGGAACUCUGCUGUUCCCGAAUGUGGUACCGUGUGGCGCUGUGUGCCUCGGAGAUGUCGCAGCAGCUGUCCUGCUACCAGAACGCCAUUACUUCUCUACUGAGUGUCAACAGUCAGUGGCAGAAAGUGGAUUACCUGUUAGAGUUUGGGGAGUGGCUGUACUGUCAGAACUUCCCUCUGGUUGAUGCCCAGCACCAGAUUCACUGGGCCAUCGACAUCCUCCUUCACAUUAACACGGAGCUGGAAGACACAACUGAGAGGCCCAGUUCUGAGGGAUGCCAACUGAAAGAAGCAGAGAGAAGGGAGAAUUCCCAUGGAGAUGCGUCAGAAGGGUCUGGGCAGAUUCCGGUUGAGGUUCCGUCCAAAAUCGGGGUGCAGGGUGUGGUGUCUGGACCCCAUCUCUCUGAUCUCAGGGAGGUGAGGCGUCUGGACGGCCUGGUCAGAGCGUACACCCUGCUGGCCUUCACUGAAGACAGAACCUCUCCCCAACACAGACAGAACCUCCUCAUGGCCUAUAGCCUAGUGCUGAAGAUCUGGCAGGUGUCCAUGGCAACAGCACGUGACCUCAUCAGGGAGAUGACACCGGGUCCUCCAGUUCCAACUUCUCAGCCUGCUACAGCCAAGAAAGACAAGGAGAAGGAGAAGGACAAAGGCAAAAAGUCUAAAGAGCCACCCCCUAUUGAGGAGAAACCCAAGCCCCAGAAUACUGAGGAUGUCGUGUUGCCAUCCAGCACAGAGGAGUGGGCACAGUAUGAGUGCCCCGAGGAGCUCCGCCAGGCCUUCAGAUACAACAGCGGCCCCCACUGCAUCAAUACAAACAGCAUUAGCAAACAGACUCAGAGUUUGUUCUUCCUGGACCUGCUAGUCAAGGAGCUGCAGUCUCUAUCUCUCGUUCACUUGACUCUACCUAUACUACACCUGGCUGAGGUCAUUGCUCAUGACCUGCUGGACAGAAGGAGCCUGUCUGACCUCUACCGUCUCAGAAUUGUGCAGAGCUGUUCCCAGCUGGCUAUGGAGAAAUCAACAGGGUACCACAAGAAGCUCCUUAUUCUGACUAGUAUCCAUGAGCAGGAACAAAUAGAGUGUCGGAAAACAAUAGCUUUACAAAGAGAGAGAAAGAGACUGCAUGUGGAGUUUGGUGGCAAAACGGAUAAUGAGAACUCUAAAGUUGACCGUAUUGGUCUAUCCGGAAAGAAGUUUGGUGUACUCUGUAGUCAUGAUAUCUGGCUUGAUAAGGCAGAGAUAUGCCUGAGUAUUGGGCUGUAUCAACCAGCGAAACAACUGCUCGCAGAGGCCCAUCUGCUGGCUAAGGAGUUAGGAGAUCGCACUGCAGUUGGGAGGAGCCUGCUUUCUUAUGCAAUCUUGGCCAAUCAGGAGCAGAACCAUUCUCUGGCUCUGACACUAUUGGACAAGGCCCAAGACAUGGGGGGUGACAAGGACUUCUGGCACCAGCUCACCCUGGCCCUUGUGACUGCCACAGUGGCCCAUAAGGGCCAGGAUACAGAAACCAAAGUUCAUCAAAUAAUCAAGCAAGGCCGUGGAGCCCUGACAUUGUAUCUGGAUAAGAGGCAGAACCAAUCUCCGGCUGUCAGGUUCCUGAUCAUGUCUCUUGAGUACAGAGGGGCGGUGGAGCGUGUGCGUGCCGCCAGUCCUGCGGAGCCCGGCGUUGCCCUGUCCACCCGGAGCUUCCAGAAGCUUGCGGCCGCCUGCGACGCCCUGAGAGGGGCCGCCAGUGAGUUCCUCCAGUUGGGCCGCAGAGAGCAUGCCGCAGAGGCUCUUGUGGAGCACGCCCAGGCGCUGAGGACACUGGCUAAACACACUGAUAAGGAGGGUAAAUGGCGCCAUCUGCUGGAUGCCUACUCCUUAAUGCAGCAGGCUGUCUCCACACAGGAACAUGUUGUGCUGAAUGCCCAAAGCCUGUUUACAUCACAAGAGUCUAAGCCCCUGUCUGUCCCAGCCACGAGGAAGCUGGUGCAAUACCGGCUUUCCCUGGCUGAGCUGUCUCUGACCAUGUUGGAACAGCUGUGCGCUGAGGAGAACACUCAAGCCCUGGCCCAGGACAGGAAACCCUCUUUGGAGAGGACCGUUGAGGAAUUAGUUCGUCAUACACCUGACCUCAGCUCUGUAGAGCAGGAGUGGAUAGCAACCGGGAGGACCCUGGGGCAGGUGGCUUUGAGCCAGCUGGCCACGAUCAACUCUCUGUCCCUGGACUGCAUUGAGACCAAUGCUCGUUCUCUGAGUCUAAUGGGGAAGUGCCUGAGGCUACUGGCAAUGCAAAAAGACCCUCUGUACCCCUCCACUCUCUGGGAUAGACAGAGCCUGGAACAUGGGGAGCGCUCUGAGUCCAAAACCAGCCCUGAGGAGGAAAGGGAGUAUGGAGAGAAUGGCAGAGAAUCAAGCCAAACGGAGCCCAGACAGCACUCAGCCAAAUGUGCCGAGUUGCAGAAGAGAAGACGUUCUGCCCAGCAACUGCUAGCUCAGGCCAGUGAGACUUUAGCUCUGGUUGUCAGCCUGUCUCUCCAACACAAACUCCCCCCUGUCAUCCUGUCAGACACCUGUCUGAAUAUGCUGGAGUGUCACGGCCAGUUUGACCCAGGCGCCGCUGGACAGUACCUCGCCCUGUUUCAGAGCUGCUCCUGCACCGCUGUGAUGGCUGACGUUCUGAGGUCCGCCUGCACUGACACCUGCGCGUCCCAGCUCUCAAGGCUGCUCAGCCUACACAGGAACCUGCUUGACUCCCAGGAGGAAGUCCUUACUAGUCUGCUUAAUGGAGUGGAGGACUCCCUCAGUGGCCUCUCUAAGGUCUACAGCCACCUGACCAUCAACCCUAACCACCUGAGUCUCCUGGGAGAGCUGCCCUCCAACCUGAAGGUCUUGCUUCUUCAGCACACGCAAGACAGGUCAACCCUCUAUGGAGCUCUUUAUGAGAGGCGCAAACUUGCAGAAAGUCCUAGAGGCAAGGCCACACAAGCUUCUGGUACACUGGUUUGCUCCAGGGUCGCCAAGGUUGCUGUCUACCCCAGAGCUCUGCUUGAUCUCCAGGACAGAGCACAAGAAUUCGGACGUGAGACCAAGCACACCUUGAAGGAAACCCAUUGGCAUAGCAAUGAUGGCAGGUCAGGAGCGGGGAGCCAGUAUCAAAUUCAGCAAACCUCAAAGUCAGGAGAGAAAUUGGGAUCUCAUUUCAAAACCAUUGUACAAGAAAUGGAGGACUAUUUGCAACCCAUAAUCUCUCAGUUGGACUUAAGCUUAAGCUUAAGACACCCAACACAAUCACCAUCCAUCCCAGAGAACACCCAGCCAAAAGAAAAGGAGAAAGCCAGCCCAGAUAAAGGUCCAGCAGCGGCAUCUCCUGCAGAGCUCGGGGAGCAUGUCGUGCUCCUGGCUGACUGGAUGCUGUUGCUCCUCCCUCUGGAGGCGUUGGCUGUCCUGCAAGGAGACUGGCUGAGCUCUGUGUCUCGGGACUUCUCACUGCAAUUCUUUCACACUCGCCUGCAGGGAAAUGAACGAGUUGAAAGUAACAACAAAAAUGAGACCAAAGGUGGAAAAGGAGCCAAAGGGAAAGGAGAUCAAAGCAAAGCCAUCAAAGUGGUGCCGGUCAGUCAUGUCUUGCUCCCCAACACCCUUCCAGUAGACACACACAACUUCAAAUAUAUCAUAGCCCCUUACAACGAAGACGAAUACGAAGGCCGGAGCCUAACCGAUAGGAUGAAGAAGACUCUGGAGGCCUACAGCCAUCAGUUCACCCAACUAUGGGAGGGCUUCAUGGGCAAUGAACGCACCCCCAGUCUCGUGGACUUUGAGCAGCUGCUGACCAAUUGCAGUGCUUUCAUCUUCCAUGGAAUGGAGAACUUCCUUGCAAACAUCCCGGCAUGCAAAGUUUUGUCCCUCAACCUUUCUGAAUGCCAGAUGGUUAUCCUUUUCGACAUGGUCCAGUACAGUGCCAGAAUGCUGCGCCAAUCCAAGCUUGAUGUGAGAAAGAGGAACCUGGAGAGGCCCCUGGAGACGGCCCUGCUGCUCUCCCUGAGCGGAGUCCGCUGUGUUCUCCUCAACCAGUGGCACAGCAGCCCAGAGAGCAACAUACUUACCAUGGACUCUGUCCUGGAGAAUCUCCUGAGGGUGGGUCUGACCUCUGGCCAGACCGUCCAUGCCCUGAGGAAGGGAGAAGUCCAGAGCUCACAGAGAGACAUACACGCUGCAGAAUCAAAUGAUAUACAUCAAGAAGAUUCAGGAAAAAUAUAUGUAAAUGCACAAGAUGAUCAAGCCGUGGUGACACCUUCUCCUUCAGCAUUCAACUGUGUCAUAUAUGGACUCCCUAACUUAGUUGUUACAUGACUGAAGUCAGUCCCUCAUAACAUGCCCUAUUGAUUUUAAGUUCAUUGGUCCAAUUGUUUUAUUCAAAUAAACACAAACUUAAGGACAUAUAAUAAUGCAUGUUUUUUUAUGGUGGUAAAAUGACAAGCAAAUCCAAAAAUGUACAAUUCAAAAGUGAUCCUUAGCUGUGGGACAGCUUCAGGGAAAUAAACCAAAAUCUUCAUC